AGGAGCACGUUUCCUGAUUCGUAUUCCUAUAUAAUACAAUACUAAAAGGGUGUUUGUUGGAGGCGAAGAAUGGAGAAGCCGACCAAGAGAGUGUUGUUGACCUCCAACGGCGAUGACAUCUCGCAAGCCAUCGCGUUCCACUUAGCCAAGCAAGGCUGCAGGUUGGUUUUGAUGGGAGACCAGAGCUCCCUGCGUACCAUCGCGCGCGGAAUCGCCGAUUCCCUCUCCCUCCCUGACGCUGGCGCCCUGCAAGUCGUUCAACUCGACAUGGAAGACCAAACCGAAUCGGCUUUCUUUCACUCCAUCGAUAAGGCGUGUCAGAUUUUGGGGAAAUUGGACGCUUUUGUCAACUGUUACACUUAUGAAGGGAAGAUGCAAGAGCACGUUGAGUUAGCUGAGAGUGAGUUCAAGAAAAUAGUGAAGAUCAAUUUUAUGGCUCCGUGGUUCUUGUUGAAGGCUGUUGCCCGGAGGAUGCGGGAUUUCAACACUGGGGGCUCCAUCGUCUUUCUCACAUCCAUAAUUGGUUCCGAGAGAGGGCUUUAUCCCGGAGCUGCUGCUUAUGCCUCUGCCUUGGCGGGAGUGCAGCAGUUAGUUAGGGCUUCGGCUCUGGAGAUAGGGAAGUACCAGAUCAGAGUUAAUGGUAUUGCUCGAGGCCUGCACCUGCAUGAUGAAUUCCCACUAUCCGUGGGAAGGGAAAGGGCAGAGAAAUUGGUGAAGGAGGCAGCACCGCUUGAGAGAUGGCUUGAUGUUAAGAAUGAUCUGGCUUCUACAGUCAUCUAUUUAAUCAGUGAUGGAUCAUGCUACAUGACUGGAACAACCAUAUAUGUUGAUGGGGCACAGUCUAUAACCAGGCCUCGGAUGCGCUCCUUUAUGUGAUUUUUCCUCACAUGCUGGCACUGAAAGGAUUUUUGCAAGGAAUGUUUGGUGUGUCAUAUAUAAUUUAUAUAGUGAACGUUAAUCUGCGGAUUUGUCAACCAAGUUUGUGGAAAGGUGAGUGAAUGUCAAAAAUCAAAUCAUUGAAUAAUAUUAUGAGUUUAGGAUUUGUUUAAUCUAUAAGUAAGUGUAUCUAAACUUAUUCCGUUUAA